UCGGGGUAGGACAACAAGUCUGACACAUGACUUGAUUAGUUUUCCUUUGGCCCCAAGGUUUGUGUAUUUCCCCCACAAAUAUAAUAGAAUUCCCCUCAUCAAAUCUCCUCAGCCCUCUUCUCAGUGCUCUCAUCACACCAAAAAUAAGGGUGAGAGAAAGAAAAAAACCCAGAAAAAACCAGAACACACUGUAUAGAAGCUUCAACAAGGAGGAGGAAGAGGAUAGCACUUAAACGAUCAAAUCUCUUUUGAUAAUCUCCCUUCUCUUUCUCUCUUAAUUUUAUCUUAUUAUCAGGUACCACUUGAAAACCCUAAUUUCAUUGAUUUAGAUUUAGGGUUUUUUUGUUGUUUUUGGGUGAGUCCCUCUCUUUUCAAAAGAUAAUAAUGAGCUUUCAAGUACGUAAUGAUAAUCGAAGAGAGGGAUCGAGAAUUCCUGUUCGUAAUAAUAAUAAUAAUAAUCGUCAAUGGAUUCCUAGAGGUGGAGCUGUAAUUGGUAGUGGCGGUGCAGGAGGAUCUGGUAGUAGUGCUAUACUGGAAACUCCACCGCCUCCACCAUCAUCAUCGUAUUUUAAUAAUUCGAUUCCGAAUGGGGGAAGAUAUGGUGGGAAUUUUAAUAAUAAUAAUUAUAAUGGCAAUCCGACUGGUGGAGGAGGAUAUGGUGGUAGUGGGAGUUCUUAUUACAAUGUUAAUAACUCAGUUCCAAGUGGGAGAGGAGGAUAUGGUGGUGGUGGGAGUUUUAGUUAUAAUCCUGUUCAGUUCGAAAAUCGGUCCCAAGGGAAUUUCACUCAUCAACAUCAUCAAAGAAGUAAUGUGUCAAGACCAGUUAAUAAUAACCCUAGGAAAGAGAAGGUUGAGAAACCAGCUCAGGUGUCAAAAAGUUUGAAUUCUAAUCUUCCCCAGCUUGUUCAAGAAAUUCAAGACAAACUUACUAAAGGGGCAGUUGAGUGUAUGAUUUGCUAUGAUAUGGUUAGAAGGUCUGCUCCAAUUUGGUCUUGUUCUAGUUGUUACUCGAUUUUUCAUAUGAAUUGUAUUAAGAAGUGGGCUAGAGCUCCUACUUCUGUUGAUUUAUCAGCUGAGAAGAACCAAGGGUUGAAUUGGAGGUGCCCGGGAUGUCAGUCUGUACAACUUCUUACUUCUAAGGAAAUUCGAUAUCUCUGUUUCUGUGGAAAGAGACCAGACCCUCCUUCUGAUUUGUAUCUCACACCGCAUUCGUGUGGUGAACACUGUGGAAAGCCGUUGGAGAAGCAGAUGCAGAAUGGGGAUGAUGAAGAUUGCUGUCCACAUGCUUGUGUUUUGCAGUGUCACCCAGGUCCUUGUCCUCCUUGUAAGGCAUUUGCUCCUGCUCGAAGAUGCCCUUGUGGGAAAAAAAUGAUUACAACUAGGUGCUCUGAUCGGAAAUCUGUGCUUACUUGCGGUCAGCUUUGCCAUAAGGUUCUUGAGUGUGGGCGUCAUCACUGCAAGAAAAUUUGCCAUACGGGACCUUGUGAAAGUUGUGAGGUUCCAAUGGAUGCUUCUUGUUUCUGCAACAAGAAAAAGGAGGUUGUCCUCUGUGGAGAAAUGACCGUGAAAGGUGAGCUGAUCGGUGGAGGUGGUGUUUUCUCGUGUAACUCGAUUUGUUCGAAAACCCUUGUCUGCGGUAAUCAUACUUGUGGAGAGGUCUGUCAUCCAGGGCAAUGCGGAGAAUGUGAACUAAUGCCAGGGAACAUCAAGAGCUGUCCGUGCGGGAAAACACCAUUGCAGAAGGAAAGGGUGAGUUGUUUGAGUCCGAUCCCAAGUUGCUCUAACACCUGUGACAAGACCCUACCCUGUCAGAUUCACAGAUGUAAGGAGACGUGUCAUGUUGGAGAUUGUUCACCUUGUGUGGUUACUGUUAACCAAAAAUGUCGAUGUGGGUCUUCUUCACGUUUUGCUGAAUGCUACAAAAAGGAGAAGGAUACAUUUACCUGUGAGAAGUCUUGUGGGAGGAAGAAGAACUGUGGAAGGCAUAGAUGCAGUGAGAGGUGUUGCCCACUUUCAAAUUCUAACACCAGAUACUCUGGUGAUUGGGAUCCACAUUUGUGCUCAAUGAUUUGCGGGAAAAAGCUAAGAUGUGGGCAGCAUUCUUGUGAAUCUCUUUGUCAUAGCGGUCAUUGUCCACCAUGUCUCGAGACAAUCUUCACUGAUCUGACCUGUGCAUGUGGUAAGACUUCAAUCCCACCCCCGCAGCCUUGUGGAACACCGGCUCCCUCAUGUCAGCAGCUUUGUUCGGUUCCUCAGCCUUGCGGCCAUGCCUCCACUCAUGGCUGCCAUUUUGGGGAUUGCCCACCUUGUUCAUUUCCCGUGGCAAAGGAAUGCACUGGCGGACACGUUAUUCUUCGAAAUAUUCCUUGUGGAUCGAAGGAAAUUCGUUGCAAUCAACUUUGUGGAAAACCCCGACAAUGUGGAAUGCAUGCUUGCGGUAGAACAUGUCACCAGCCCCCAUGUGAUACUUCCUGCAUGUCUACUUCUGGUUCCAGAUCAACUUGUGGCCAGGUUUGUGGUGCUCCGAGGAGAGAUUGCAAGCAUACAUGUGCGUCUUCGUGUCACCCUUCAUCUCCUUGUCCUGAACGUAGAUGUGAGUUUCCAGUGACGAUCACAUGUUUGUGUGGUCGGAUUAGUGCUACGGUUCCUUGUGAUGCUGGCGGUAACAGUGGCGGGUUUGCCAGCGAUACAGUAUUUGAGGCUCAGCUAAUUCACAAGUUACCAGUUCCACUUAAGCCUGUGGAAGCAAACGGCAAUAAAGUUCCUCUUGGACAAAGAAAGCUAGUGUGUGAUGAUGAAUGUGUAAAGAUGGAGCGACAGAGGAAACUUGCCGAUGCUUUUAAAGUUCCUCUCCUGAAUUUGGAAGCCCUUCAUCUAGGUGAUCAGUCUGUCAUCUCUGAGCAGCUUCAGGACUUAUUUAGGCGAGAACCCAAGUGGGUUUUGUCUAUAGAGGAGCGAUGCAAGUUUUUGGUGCUUGGCAAGGGUAAAGGGAAUACCUCAAAUGGUCUCAGGGUUCAUGUUUUCUGUGCAAUGGUAAAGGAAAAGAGAGAUGCAGUAAGGCAAAUUGCAGGGAGAUGGAAGCUAUCAGUCCAUUCAGCAGGGUGGGAGCCUAAACGUUUUCUGGUUGUUCACGUGACCACAAAAUCCAAAGCCCCUGCCCGAAUACUUGGUGUUAAGGGUUCGUCUGUACCUCUCAACGCCUCAAAUCCACCUGCUUUUGAUCCUUUGGUAGAUAUGGAUCAAAGGCUUGUUGUGGCUCUUUUAGAUUUACCUAGGGAAUCUAACGUGAAUGCGUUGGUCUUGAGAUUUGGCGGUGAAUGCGAAUUGGUCUGGUUGGAUGAAUUUAACGCAUUGGCGAUAUUUAGUGAUCCAGGUCGUGCAGCUACUGCUCUGCGAAGAUUAGAUCAUGGGUCUGCAUACCAUGGUGCUGCUGUAGUUAUUGCACCAACAAUAACUAAUGUGUGGGGAACUUCCAAGGAGGGAGGAUCUGUAGGGGCUCCAAAGGCCAACUCAUGGAAGAAAGCAGUUGUGCAGGAAGCCUCGUGGGGAGAAGAUUCGUGGGGUGUUGAUCAGAAUUGGAUCAACAAUCCAGCGGAUGUCCAGAACACGGUUUGGAGAGGGAAGGAAACUCCAAUUACGGCAUCGAUAAACCGGUACGACGUUCUUGACCAAGAUUCUAUCUCAAAAUCAUCUGCAGUAUUAUCAUCUGGUGGAGUUGAGAGAAGACCUGGUAAUUAUCAGAUAGGAAGUUCUUCUACCUCAACAGAACCGAAGCAGGAAGCAACGGCAGGAGAUAAGAGUGAUAAAGAAGUGGUUGCUGAAGUAGCUGAUGACUGGGAAGAAGCUUGUGAAUGAUUGAAGAAAGCAAAUGCAGGAAGAGGAAAUGUGCUCUUGUUUGUUCUUUUUUUCUUUUUGGAAAAGCAAUAUGUUCCAAAGAUAGACGAUGAUUGAAUCCAUACAUACUAGACUUGUUACUGGUGUCAAAAUUAAACCUCGUUACAACAUUUUAUGAAGUUUUAUGAAGUUCCAUUUUGUUCCUAA